CUCUAUCAGUCCGUAAAAUGGACCCAUUACAUGGAAACCAAUCACAUACAGGGUUACACGGCGCCAGUGUAUCAUCAGAGGGCCAACCCGGUAGAACGCCGUAUUCAAGAACUCAAGAAGACCAUCCGCGCCUUGGUCAUCGAGCGUCCAGCGCGCUGGCAAGAGGCCUUGCCAGAAGCCUUGUUUGCUUUGCGCACUCGAACCAACGCCGCCACGGGAGCUUCGCCGGCCAUGUUGCUAUUUGGCCAAAAUAUACGACGUCCUGGGGAUUGGGUGAUACCCGAAGCCGCCAGACCACCACCAGAACCCCGCAACGAACGUUUAGCCAGAGCCCGCCGCCGACAAGAAGUUUACCAGAGAAAUCUAUUCCCUGAGCCUCGAGAAGCCCCACGUCAUUAUCAACGAGGAGAUUUAGUCCUCACCAAAACCAGACCUGGCAACCCGCCGUUCGCACCCAAAUGGUCAGGGCCAUACCCAAUCGUCGAGGUCCUGGGCGACGGCGUGUACGUGGUAGAUCAAAAUGGCAACGCUCAGCCUAUCCACGUCGACGAUCUACGUACACCACCUCCUCCCCGAGCUAACGACAUGGACGAGGCCCCAGCCGAUCCUCCAGAGCCUGGAGAACCCGACGACGACGGCACUGCCAGCCGUAUUGGGGACGAAGAUGACGUGGUGGUUCACCCCGAGCCACUUCCUGACAUUCCAGCCCGUGUCGAGUUGCCUAGCCGACCCACGACUCCGACGUCACCACAGCCAAGCUGCUCAGUUCCCCACGAGCCGCUAUACCGUACACGAGUAUGGCAUCCCAGUACCAGACCGCCGCCGCAGCCCGGAGGUCGACCACGUAGGCGUCGGUCCGUAAUGGUCAUCGUGUCUCCCACAGCGAGCCGCAGCAGUCCCAACUUCGAGCCGUCAACCUCGGCCAGCGAUGCAGCCCACGCCGAGCCACCCGACGACCCCGACCCAAACAUCGCCAGCACGUCCACCUACGGGGAAGUGUAAGUGCGCGCAGUGACGGCAAGUGCCGCGAACGACGCGAGUGCCGCGGAAUCGGUGUCGGUGCGCCGGUGACACCACGAGUGCUUCGACAAAAACUUUAAUUUGGACUCGAUUCUAUUUUGAUAACACGUUUUGCAAGUUGAAUCGACAAAAACCUUUGUCAUACGGUCGAACAGCACUUGCAGAUCGUCACCUGAAAUUUUUGUAAAUAUUAUUUUUGACUGGAAAUUUAUCUUUUGUUAACUGUUUUUGAAAAAUUUUGUUAUGUUUGUUGUUUACAUGUAUAUACGUUGUAUUUUCCUUAUACUAUGAUUAUUUAACUUGUUGUUUAACCAUUUUAUGUUCUUGUACCUGUUUCAGAUUUUUGUAUGGGAUUUUGAUUUUAUUGUUCAAUAAAGUCAGGAACAAUCCCAGUGCAAAGUCUCGGACCGGGGGGAUGUCGUCGGAGCGGCGUGUGACGUCACUCCGACGUUCUAGUGGGCGGAGCCUAACUGUAUGGCACCGAACCCUAUAAAAGGCGGGGGUACCCGACCUCCGCAGCUCACUCUCGCCCCAGCCUCGCACCGUGCAACAUCGCACCAAAGCUUUGCACUGAGAUUUCCUGUUAUCACCAA